AUGUCUCGCCACCAGUUUGAUUUGGUUAUGUGUAUGAAACAGCCAGGUACUAAAUUAGGGCUAUUAUGUGAGAAAUGUGAUGGUAAAUGUCCAAUCUGUGAUUCAUAUGUUAAACCAAGAAGCAAGGUUAGGAUAUGUGAUCAAUGUUCAUUUGGGAAGACUGGUACUUCUUGUAUAAUAUGUGGAUCACCUGGAGUGACUGAAGCUUACUACUGUUGGGAGUGUUGUGAACUGGAGAACCAUAGAGAUGGCUGUCCAAGAAUCACUAAUAUCGGUAGCAAUAGAGUUGAUAGACAUUAUGAAAAGAGAAUGAUUGGGGGAUCUAAAUGA